AUGCUUCCUUGGAACGUGCAGGUGCCAAGCUGGCUGGGCUGGUGCCGCCUGUCAUUGCUGUGGCACUACGACGAGUUCCAGCCUCCUGCUCCCGCGCCUGCCACUGUAUGUCCCUCCGCCUCUCCCACCUGGACAGACCGCUAUGGCCGGAGUGAUGCCUGGAGCGACUGGGGCUUUCGGUCCGAUGCAGGGCUACCCGACAGGCACAAGGCGAAGCAGAAGUGGAAGCCGGCUGCAAAGAGCGCCAAGUGA